GUUAACGGCGCGUGGCACAUUUACGUCCUGUUCAGUUGCGGCGUCCGUGGCCGCUAUGGCGACCGAAGUUUGAACAUGGGUGGGGUGUCUCCGCCGAAGAAGGCACACUCUGUGUGCAAAAUGUCGCGCAAAGUGCUCAAAUGCACCGUGCAUGUGGAUAUUCAGGUCGUUACCUGCCCUGGGGUGGUGCUUCCCAACCAUCAGGACAUAUACCUGAGUGUUUGUAUAAUAGGCCAAUACCAGAAGACUCUUUGUUUGGCUCCUGUGUUUCCUCUGUUAUUCCGUGAAAAAAUGGUUUUUGAAAAGACAUUUUCAGAGGCUGUUGACCCAUGUGAUAUAGCUGAUAUUCUGGAACUGGACUCAACCUGCUUUGAGCUGAUUCAGCUUGUUCCCCCAGAGGGCGAAAUCUUGGCCACCCUUGAGAUGAACACCAGGGCUUUCUUAUAUCCUGCCCCCACCCGAUCUCCUGGGGGCUCUGGUCCAGGGAGAGAGAUGCUUAUGAAGAAAUCAGCCUCCUUCCCUGGAAUAUCGCCUAGAGUGGAAUUUACAACGAGCACCAUUAUGGAGGAAUGUGAUUUAAAAGCCAGGCGGUCUUCAUACCCUCCUUUUCAGCUGCGUUCAGAGAAACCCAGAUCUAUCCAAAGACCCAGGGGGGUCACUGACCUUGCGGCAAAGGGGACCCCUACGGCCCGUCCUAUCUGCAGCUACGAAAGGCCCACAGUGGCCUCCCAGCUACGGGUUCUGUCCCCAUACACCCACCGGCGCAUGUGCCAGCUUUCUGAGGAUGCCAGGCAGCGGCUCAGCCACCUCCAACUGGGACCCUUCAGGUUCAAGAAGGAGUCUGAAAACCAGGCCCCUUUUGUGGUUCCCCGCGUGCCCAACUCCUCCUUCCACGAGUCUUCAUCUUGUCCACAGCCGUCUUACGAGGUGCCCCGUCACAGCUGGUCCGCAGCUUCUGCAGUCAAUCACCUCGAAGAUUCCUCGCUCCUUGGCAGCUACCGACCGAAGUUUGCGAGAGAGAGUAGGAGCUCUCCAAAGGCAGGCAGGUCCCCCGGGGAGGUGCCAGGAAAGAGGUGUCUCUGCCCACCUGCGGGGGCUUCCCUGGCAGCCCACUCCACCCCUGUGCCUGGCGUGACGGUUACCCAGAGUCCCCUGCUGAGCCGUAGCUCCCUACGUGAAAGGUUCCGGAGCGGCCCGGCCAGCCCGGCCUGCUGGGAUGAGAUCCACAGACGCGUGCAGAGGCUUCUGAGGAACCAUGCCGUCCCCAGCAAGCUGGGCUUUGAUGAGGAUGGUACAGAAGAGGAUUCAUCCCACCGCGACCCUCUGCGGUCAUGUGAUUUAGCUCACUGCACGCCUCAGCGGUCAUGUGAUACAGCCCAUGGUGGCCCUCAGCGACCAUGUGACACAGCCCAAUGUGACAGCCACAUCAUUCAGGACAGCAAAGACAUUCCCGGUGGUGCAUCUGUCUACUUGAACAACGACAUCUGGUCCAAUCGGGUGGCUCGGUUCACAGGGACAUCCCACAGGGCGGCGUUUGAGAACAGUCUGAGUCAGAUAUACAAGGACCUCUACAGUGACGCUUCUGGUAGCGGUUAGGGGCAGAAGUGGCGGCCCAGCUGACUCAAACGAACACCCGAAGGACCAUAUGACCAUCUCAGGAUCUAUAGAAAAAGCUCUGGAAUGUUCUAAAUGUUAACACAAUGAACUUGCUAUGUAUUUUCAUUUAAUUUAUACAUUUUUGUAUAGUACAGUCAAGGUUUUAAAAUUGCAUUAAUGCCUUAAAUAAAUGCACAUCCUGCCUGUA